AUGAACUCGCUCUUACAGUUCGGGUAUGUACUCAACCUCUUUGCCUAUCAGCUCUUCUCCCAAAUGGUUUCCAAUUUGCUUGAAGCUACUUUCCUCAUUCACUUGACAGACUGUGAUGUUGACCCGCCCCAAUCCCACCGGAGGCCAGGCAUCGGGGAAGGAGUUAAGGGCCAGGUCGGUGGCGCCGGAGUCCCAGCUGGUGAGGAGACCGGGUUAAAAGACGGGAUCCAGAGGAGGAGGGGAGAACGCAAAGAGGGGGUACAUCAUUCCCAGCGGGGUUCAGAGGAGGCGGAGCCGCCGGGGCGGGGGGAUUCUCCCGUGGGACGGGGGGAGAUGCUCGGUGCGCCUCUGAAAGAGCUGCACGGGGACAUCCCCGGGGACUUCCAGCCCCCUUCCGAGCUGCGGGGGUCCAAGGCUCGAGUCACCGUGACUCAGCCGGUGCUGGCGGCGAGGAGGCCCGGGGAGCCCUGA